CUCAACCAUCAAUGUUCACUUCCUACUUGUAAGUCUCAAGUUAGUAGAUAGGCUUUUGUUCCCCACUGUUAUUUUUGGUUCCAGUGUUGCAAGCUUCCACGGGCUCGACCGGGUCACCUCGCAGCAAACUUUACUGAGCACAUCGCCAGAGGCAUCAGGUUUGGAGGGGUAAUUUAUCACGAGGAGCUAUCAGCAAAAGCAAGGUGGUGGGUACAGCCCAUACAAGAUAACCCCCUGGGAGCCUCGCAAACCAGUGAGAAUCAACCAGAAUGUCGCGAGACGCCCUCUCCUUCCCCUCAAGCUCUGCGAAGCCAAUCGAACACUACCUGCCAGAGUCUACGGGAUUGGCCCGCCCUUUGUAUCCACAUGUCACCCUCACAUACGCCACCUCUCUCGAUGCCAACCUCUCUCUUUCGCCUGGCGUCCAAACCGCGCUCUCAGGUACACAGUCAAAGGCAAUGACGCACUUCCUGCGGUCGAAACACGCUGCCAUUCUCAUUGGUGCAGGCACCGCAAUCGCAGACGAUCCUUCGUUGAACUGCCGGAUCGAAGGCGUGGGUGGGUAUGGAGGACCGGGGCUGGAGGGUCAACCGAGGCCUGUAGUGCUUGAUCCAAAGGGGCGGUGGAAGGUCAAUGCGGAGAGCAAAGUAGUCAAGUUAGCAAAGGAAGGGAGAGGGCUUGGGCCCUGGGUCAUUGGCGCGCAGGACACGCCGAUCGAGGAGAGCAAGCACAGGGCUCUCACAGAUGCGGGUGGAUCAUACAUAACGCUACCUACCGACUCGAGUGGCCGCUUCGACUGGGCUAAUAUACUCAACAUCCUCGGUACGAAGGGAAUCACUAGCGUAAUGGUUGAGGGAGGCGGCUCAGUGAUCAACGAGCUGCUGAGUCCGAGGGCCAUCGGGCUGGUUGACUCCGUCAUUGUGACGAUUGCGCCGGUAUGGCUGGGGAAGAACGGUGUGCAAGUGUGUCCGGAUGAGAGGAAAAAUGAGGGUGGAGUGAAGAUGUCGGUUGGAAAGCUGAAAGACGUGCGGUGGUUGCCGCUGGGCGAGGAUGUAGUGCUUUGUGGGCGCCCGGCAUGGCAGUGACCGAAUGGAAGUUGAUGUUCUGCUUGCAAGUAUGCAUCUGAAAACAUUAUGCUGUGGCGUCUGACAGAUAAUGUCUGGUGAUUAAUACCCCCACAGAGCACUCAUACGAUGACAGGCUCAACGUGUGAGGAAGCGACCUGCAAUUGUCGGAGGAAGACACUUCUAGCAUCUGCCAGCAUCAUAGAUCCAUGACAGAUAGAGCAUCAAAAAUGUAG